UUUUUCUAAUUACAAAUGGCUGUUGUGCUUCUUCCGGCGUUCCGUGCGCAGUAUUUCCCCUAACCACGCCGGUCCAAGUUCUCUCUCACAUCAGCUCAAUUAAUUUGUUAACAACAGCUAAUUACACACUCAAGUCUUUCACCAUGGGUAAACCGAAGAAAGCCACCCAGCCUUCAAACCCCCUCAAGGACUCAGUAAAAUCCAUCAAAGAGGGUCAAGUGAAGAAGCACAAGGUCCAGAAAUUCAAGAAGACCCCCUCUGGCAAGGUGCCCCUCAUCAACAGCAAUGGAAAGGCCAAUGGCAACUCCAAACCCCAGAAGAACAACAAACCAAUUAUCAAGGAACAUCAAUCCCCAUCUCCCAAUAAGAACAAGAAUAAGAAGAAGUCCCCCAAGGGUGCUUCUCCCCAGGAGCAGCCCCAGAAGAAGAAAAAUGCAGAGUUGAAGAAAAAACAAGAGCCUGAAGACGAUUCUGACUCUGAUGAAGACAUCAACGAGGGAAUUUCCUUAGCAGAGGACGUGAGCAAUCUCGAGGAUGAUUCUGAUGACUCCUCUGAGGAGGAGGAGACGCCCAACAUCCUGGGGGAGAGCCUCGCUAAUUCUUCGGAUGAGGAUGAUGAGGACUUUGAGGGAAGUGAUGACGAUGAUGAUGAGGAGGAGGAGGAGGAGGUGAAGAAGGGAGUGAAGAAGUUCAAGGGAAGCAAACAGAUUUCUCCUAAAGAGUCUUCAGAAGAUGAUGAUGACGACGAUGAGGAUGAGGAUGAUGAUGAUGAUGAAGAGGAGGAAAACGCUGACAAAAGUGUCGUCUCAUCCCAGAAUUCCUCACUGAACUCUUCGGCAGCUACAGAUGAUAGUGAUGAAGACGAUGAUGAUGAUGAAGAGGACGAAGAGGAUGAUGAUGAUGAUGACGAUGAUGAUGGCCCAGGGCUGAAGGCCCUCCUGGGCGACUCUCUGGUCGACCAAGAAGACGAUGAGGAUUUCGAUGGCGAGGCUGAGGAGGACGAGGACGACGAGGAUGAGGACAUGAGUGAGGACGACGAGAACGAGGAGUCUCAGGACGAGAAGAAGGUGAGCAAUGACUCGUCGAGGUUCGUUCCGACAGAGGGAAAUCCACGUUUGAGCGACGCGGAGAAGGCUGAGCAGGACACGAGGACAAUCUUCGUUGGGAAUGUGCCUAAGGAUCUUGAAGAGAAGGCACUCAAGCAGACUUUCAAGAAGUUUGGGGAGAUUCAGAACUUUAGGAUCAGGGGGUGCAUACCUGAGGAUCCUAAGAUGAAGCUUAAGGUCGCCCAGAUAAAGAAGAAGUUCCACCCCCUCUCGAAGACCCUCUGCGUGUACGUCGUCUACAAAUCAAAGGAGUCUGUGGACAAAGCCCUGACCUUCAACGGUCAGAAACUGGGUGGUAACUACAUAAGAGUCGACAGGAUCGGUCAGGAGAGGCAGGCAGACCCCAAGAAAUCAGUGUUCCUUGGUAACGUACCCUGGGACAUUGAGGACAACGAGCUCUGGGACAUCUUCUCAAAAUGCGGAAAGAUUGACUACGUACGCACCAUCAGGGAUCGCAAUACUGGAUGCUGCAGGGGAAUUGCUUACAUAAACUUCGCUGAGGCUGAUGGAGCCACCCUGGCCCUCGAUCUGGACGGCACGAAGAUCAGGAAACGUGAUGUUCGAGUCAAUCGUUACGACCCGAACAGGCCGAAGAAAUCGAGUGAUAAAGCUGGGAAGAAGCGUAAAAACAGUGGAAAACUCCAGGAGACAUCCCCCAAGAAGCAGAAGACUGAGGUGGAGAGGGCAACUGAGAACAGUUUGAAUGCACAGAAGAGGAAGGCGAAGAAGCCCAAGGGUUCGCCCAAGGCAGGCGGGGGAUUCCAGGGACAGAAGGCUGAGGGGAAGAAGAAGGGAGCCAAGAAGGGGAACAAGUUCGAUAAGAAGAAGAAGAAUAUUGCUGCCAAGUUACUUGCCCCUAAGAAGUUCAAGGGGUCCCAGUAGGGGAUGCGGUUUUGCUCUGUAAUUAAUUAAUUCGAGAGGAGGGUUUCAAGGUUCUUAAUCGUGAGUGACUACAAGAGGAAAAUGUCAGGCAUUUUUUCAGGGAAUUUUAUUUCCUUGGAAAAUGGCUCUUAAUAUUUUUUCAUAGAUUUAUUCAUUCUAAGGAUAAUUUCAUAAUUCAUUAAAUCAAAAUAACUCAAACAAUUAGGUAGAAUCUAAAUCAUUUUCUUUCAAGUCAUUCAUUAAUAAGUUAAUUGGUCCUAAGAAGUUCGGGGGGAUGAGGUUUUGGUCUCUGAUUAAUUAAUUGAAGAGGGAUUUGUCAGGGUUUUUAACCGUGAGUGACUGCAAAAGAAAAAUGUCAGACUUUUUUUCAGAGAAUUUAAUUUCUUGGAGAAAUGGCUCUUAAUGUUAUCCUAGAGUCUAUUCUUCUUUAUUCUAUUCUUCUUUAUAAUUACCAAAAAUAUCUCAAUAAUUAAUGAUUUUAGAACAAAAAAUGAACAGUUUUUUAAAUUAAAUUCUCCACAAAAAUAUCUGACUUUUCCAAAAACCACUAAAAACCAAAAUAACUUUGAUAAUUGAUUUUUGCAUUAUCAAAAUAGAAUUUUUCGUAAUGAAUGUAUUUGAAAUUUUCUCCUGGAACGAACCACUCUUUCCUAAACUAAUUUUAUAAUUAACAAAGACAUCUGGGAUUAUCUCAAUAAUGAAUGAUUAUAGAACAAAAACUCUACAUUUUUUCUAAUAUUAAAUUCUCCACAAAAAUAUCUGACGUUUUUCCAAAACCACUAAAAAAUAAAAUUCAACUGAAUAUAAUUUCACAAAAAAUCUCUUUCCUCGAUUAAUUACAGAAAAUUAAAUAAUUCCCUUAAUUAAGUACAGCCCCACGGCCACGAGUUCAAUUAUUGUAGCACUUGUUGACGCAAAAUGUAAAUAAUUUUGUUUAGAUAAAUGAACUUCAGUAAUCCCACGUUCUGAAAAAGUCAUGAGUCCAAAAAUCACCGUAAAUAUCCGUACACUGAAAGCAAAGUUCUUUAAACCGAUGUGGACAUCGUUAAUUAUCGCUUUUAUUAAGACUCUUAAUUUUACUCCGUAACUGUAUCGGUAAGUUGACAUUAUUGCUGGCGCAUUCCUUGCAAAAUCGUUUGGUGUAGAAAAUACUGCAGCCCAGGCAGACAGUUCUCCCACAGAGUGAGCAGUCACCCCCCAGAACGAGAACUUCUCCCCUAUUUGGGGGACUGAAGGGGUCUUUCAUGACGUAGCACUCCUCGAGGUACAGGAAAUCACGUGAGAAUGGAGGCUUGGUCCCCCUGUAGUCGAAAUGCUCCUCCAGAGGACAGAGGGAACACUUGAAGAUCCCUCCUGGCUCUUUAUCACCUCCCUCAGCCUUUUUCUCCGCGAUUUUAUCGUCGAUCGAGGCCCUGAAAGGAGAAAGAGGGAAAAUACACGAGUGCAGGGGAUUGAAUGAAACUCCAAAUAGUUUUAUUAUACAAUUUCAUUAUUGGUAUUUGCUAUGUUCAUUGUUUUGUUUCUUAUCCAUUAAUUAAAUACAAUUUUCUACGUAUGAA